UCACAAAAAUGAACCUCGCUACAACAAUGAAGCCGAGCGCAGUCCUCGACGGCCGGCGAUUCAUAGCCUCGUGCUUCAUCCUCGUGGCGCUCCUCUGCAUCGUAGCAUCCGUCAGCGAAAUCCGCCUCGAAGGCCUCGUGAAUUUCGGAAAAUGCGCCACAAAUUAUUCUCAAAGUCAUAUUAUCGACGUAGUAGCAUCCCCAUCGAUUUCCUCCUCCGACGAGAUCCGAAUACUACUCGGAAUCCUGACGCUCCCGGACCAGUACCACAAGCGCCACUUCCUCCGCAUGAUCUACGGGACGCAGCCUGUCUCGGGGGCCCACAUCGACGUGAAGUUCGUGUUCUGCAACCUGACCAAGGAGGACCAGAAGGUCCUGGUGGCGCUGGAGAUCAUGCGAUACGACGACAUCAUCAUCCUCAACUGCCAGGAGAACAUGAACAAAGGAAAAACCUACAGCUACUUCUCCAGCCUCCCGGAGAUGCUGCUCGACAACACCACAGCCUCGCCUUACCCGCCUUAUCACUACGUGAUGAAAGGCGACGACGACGUGUAUUUCCGCCUGCAAAACCUGGCGGACUCCCUGAGGCCGUUGGCGCGCCAGGACUUGUACUACGGGUACGUGAUCCCGUGCCCUAGCAUGGAUCCCUUCGUGCACUACAUGUCCGGGAUGGGGUAUCUGGUGUCGUGGGACAUCGUGGAGUGGAUUAGGGAUUCGGAUGUUCCCAAGAGGCACGUGGAGGGCCCCGAGGAUCUUGUGUUCGGGGAUUGGAUGCGUGAGGGCCACCGCGGGAGGAACCGGCAUAACGCGAAGUGGUCCAUGUACAACUUCCCUGACCCGCCCACGGGGUGCACGCACGAGCUCUGGCCGGACACGGUUGCGGUGCACCUGCUUAAGACGCAGGACAAGUGGAUAUCUACCUUGAAUUAUUUUAAUGCCACUAGGGAUUUGAAGCCCUCGAAACUUUAUCAUAUACCCUGAUAAACUUUGAGGGAGUCUAGUUGAAUAUUGAAUU